AUGGCUUCUUCCUCAGAUCCUCCUUCCUCCAGACACCACACCUACGAUCGUAAACAAAAAUCCCUCGGCCUCUUAUGCACCAAUUUCUUGAGCUUGUACAAUCGAGACAACGUUCAUUUAGUCGGUCUCGACGACGCUGCCGCCCGAUUAGGUGUUGAGAGAAGACGGAUCUAUGAUAUUGUCAAUGUUCUCGAGAGCAUUGGGGUUCUUGCAAGAAAGGCCAAGAACCAAUAUACGUGGAAAGGGUUUGGGGCGAUUCCUGUUGCUUUGCAGGAGCUCAAGGAAGAGGGUUUAUGGAAGAAUUUCAAUUCACAAGAAGGUGUCAAUGAGGAUGUAAAGAUAUCGGAUGAAGACGAUGAGGAAGAAUCGUAUUCCCAACCCAAUGGAAGUCAGAGUGAAUCAUUAUCAUUAUCCCAAACCAAUGGAAGUCAGAGUGACAGUCUGAACCCUAAUUCUUGUUUUCCCAGAUCUCUGAAAAAUGAUAGAAGAGAGAAAUCUUUGGCGUUGCUUACUCAGAAUUUUGUCAAGCUUUUUGUCUGCUCUAAUCUGGAAAUGAUAUCCCUUGAUGAUGCAGCGAGGUUGUUGCUUGGAGAUGCAUACAAUUCAUCAACAAUGAGAACAAAAGUUAGACGCCUUUAUGAUAUUGCUAAUGUGCUAACCUCCAUGAACCUUAUUGAAAAGACGCAUACCACUGAUACACGAAAACCAGCAUUCAGGUGGCUAGGCUUGAAAGGGAAGACAUGGAAUGAGGCAUCGCUUUACAAUUCAAGCCAAGAGUCUAAAAAGAGGGCAUUUGGAAAUGAUGUCACAAACAUUAGCUUCUCGAGGAAUAGGACCGAUUUGUUCAUGGGCAGAGACUUCAGCCAGAAUCUCAAGAAGCCAAAGCUGAUGGAAAACGACAGCGAGCUUGGUCAGGAAGAUAGAAAGCAGACUUCAACAAACUACCAAUUUGGUCCUUUUGCUCCGGCCUUCGUUUCCAAAUCCGGAACUUCUGAGAAUACUAAAGCGAAGCAGGUGCAUGAUUGGGAGAGUCUAGCUACUGAACAUUCCCCUCAGUAUCAAAAUCAAGCUUUGAAAGAACUUUACUCCCACUAUAUGGAAGCAUGGAAAUCUUGGUACUCUGAAGUUGCUGGCAAGAGGUCAACACAAGUUUUGUAA